GACAAACUGAACAUAUUUUUUGAAAACUUUGAUCUGAGCGCCUGAAAAUGUUGGCGUACGUUCUGAUCGCGAUUCUAAUUGUUUUUCUUAAUUUCAAAUCAUGGCAAGUUCGCAGACGUUGCAAGGAUGUUCUGAAUUUGCCUGGACCUAAGAACUAUCCGUUUAUUGGAACAAUCCUAGAAUUUGGAAACAAUCCUGUAGAUUUUUUAAAGAACUUGCAACGAUUGUUCGAAGAGCACGGUCCGAUAUUGCGUUUCUGGAACAACACUGAAUACCCGACGGUGAUGAUAUCAGGAGCCAAAUACAUGAAAAUAAUUUUAGGAUCUUCGGAGCACAUACACAGGACGCGACUCUAUAGAUUCCUGGAGGUUUGGCUAGGAAACGGAAUUCUGGUGGCCGAUGCUACAACCUGGCGAAAGCACAGGAAACUCUUGAAUCCGAUGUUCAGCACGAAAAUUUUGGAGGGCUUCAUUCCAACAUUCCAGCGACUUUCUGAUAUAUUAGUUGACAAAAUAAGGGAGAAUGUUUCAGUUCCUUUCGAUAUCUACCCAUUAAUUAAUUUAUACACUCUGGAUUUGAUCUGCGAAUCGGCGAUGGGUCAUGAGAUAAAUGCCCAAUUGAAUUCCGAUUUGCAAUACGUAAAAUCCGGCACAAGGUUCUUCGAGUUGUACUUAGCACGCUUGUUUUCUCUGGUGAAGUCAAACGAUUUUCUUUACAGUUUCAUGGAUGCUAGCAAGAAACAGAUCGAACUCGCCGAAGUGUUGAAAUCGUUCGUGAACAACGUGAUGAAAGAGAAAAUAUCGAAUUUUCGUGAUGAAGAUUGCGACAAACCUAAAGACAUGAUGGAUUGUUUCCUAAAAAUCGCAAGAGACGGUAAUUUGACCAAAACUGAAGUAAAAAAUGAAAUGGAUACGUUUAUAUUUGCGGGACACGACACCGUUACUACGGUUCUAAGCAUGGCGAUCUUCGAGCUCGGAAAGAAUCAGGGUGUGCAGGAGAGGUUGUUCCAGGAAAUCGAUGAAAAUAUCUCCGGCAAUGAGGAGAUAACGCUUAGUAAAUUAAACAAGUUGCCUUAUAUGGAAUGCGUCCUUAAAGAGACCAUGAGGCUACAUACUCCAGUACCAUUCGCGGAGAGGCUUUUACAGAAGAACAUCACCAUUGAUGGAUGUUUAAUACCGGCAAAGACAAACAUUUCCGUGCACUUUCACGGUUUGCACAGGGAUCCCGAACAUUUUCCCAACCCCGAUCAUUUCGAUCCAGAAAGAUUCACACCGGAGAACAUCGCCAAAAGAAACGAGUUUUGUUUUGCCCCUUUCAGUGCUGGUCCUCGAAACUGCAUAGGAAAAAAAUACGCCAUGAUGGUUAUGAAAUAUAGCGUGGUAAAAAUCCUGAAGAACUUUAAGAUUAACCCAGUACCCGGAUUUGAUAUGAUAUUAGGAAAUUUCGUAGUUCUUAAAUCUAUUAAUGGAGUUUUUGUUAAUUUGCAUCGAGUGAAAAUGUUUACGUUAGUUUUGAUGGCGAUUCUAGUUGGUUUUCUUUAUUUCAAAUCAUGGCAAGUCCGCAGACGUUUUAAAGAUGUUUUGAAUUUGCCGGGACCGAAGAACUAUCCGUUUAUUGGAACAAUCCUAGAAUUUGGAAACAAUCCUGUAGAUUUUUUAAAAAACAUGCAACGAUUAUUCGAAGAGCACGGUCCGAUAUUGCGUUUCUGGAACAACACUGAAUACCCGACGGUGAUGAUAUCAGGAGCCAAAUACAUGGAAAUGAUCUUAGGAUCUUCGGAGCACAUACACAGGACGCGACUCUAUAGAUUUUUGGAGGUUUGGGUAGGAAACGCAAUUCUGGUGACCGAUGCGACAACUUGGCGAAAGCACAGGAAACUCUUAAACCCGAUGUUCAGCACGAACAUUUUGGAAGGCUUCAUCCCAACAUUCCAGCGACUUUCUGAUACAUUACUUGACAAAAUAAGGGAGAAUGUUUCAGUUCCUUUUGAUAUCUUCCCAUUAAUUAAUUUAUACUCGUUGGAUUUGAUCUGCGAAUCAGCGAUGGGUCAUGAGAUAAAUGCUCAAUUGAAUCCUGAGUUGCAAUACGUGAAAUCCUGCAAAAGAUUCUUGGAGUUGCACUUAGCACGCUUGUUUUCUCUGGUGAAGACCAACGAUUUUCUGUACAGUUUCAUGGAUGCCAGCAGGGAACAGCUCGAACACGUCGAAUUGAUGAAAUCGUUCACGAACAACGUGAUCAAGGAGAAAAUAUCGAAUUUUCAUGAUGAAAAUUACGACAAACCUAAAGAUAUGAUGGAUAUAUUCUUGAAAAUCGUAAGAGACGGUAAUUUGACUCAAACUGAAAUUAGAAAUGAAGUGGAUUCGUUCAUAUUCGGGGGACACGACACCGUUGCUUCGGUUGUGAGCAUGGCAAUCUACGAGCUCGGGAAGAAUCAGGAUGUGCAGGAGAGGUUGUUCAAGGAAAUCGAUGAAAAUAUCUCCGGAAAUGAGGAGAUAACGCUUAGUAAAUUAAACAAGUUGCUUUAUAUGGAAUGCGUCCUUAAAGAAUCGAUGAGGCGACAUCCGCCAGUACCUUUUACGGAGAGGCUUAUACAGGAGGACAUCACCAUUGAUGGAUGUUUGAUACCGGCGAAGACAAACAUUUGCGUGCACUUUCAUGGUUUGCACAGGGAUCCCAAACAUUUUCCCAACCCGGAUCAUUUCGAUCCAGAAAGAUUCACACCGGAGAACAGCGCCAAAAGGAACGAGUUUUGUUUCGCCCCGUUCAGUGCUGGUCCUCGAAACUGCAUAGGAAAAAAAUACGCCAUGAUGGUUAUGAAAUAUACCGUUGUCAAAAUUCUGAAGAACUUUAGGAUUAACCCGGUACCUGGAUUUGAUAUGAUAUUAGGAAAUUUCGCAGUUCUUAAAUCUGUUAAUGGAGUUUGCGUUAAUUUACAACUUAGGUAAUAUAAAAAUAUUAGUGCAUUAAGAAAGCAUUAAUAUUAAGUGGACCAACGUUUCUCAAUCCAAAAUUGGGUCGCGUUAAAUUUUUAAGGGGUCAAGAAAUGAUAGCUAUCACCUAAUUUCAGUGAGGAACUGAUAAUAAAAAUUAUAGUACAUAUUUAAUUUAAUGGCAUAUUGCAAAUAUA